AUGUUCCUACCCUACGACAGUCCUAUCUUGUCUUUCCUACGACUCACUUCCUCUAAAGCCUUCGGGACCUUGCGCCCCCCGGACGCUGACGAACGCCUCCUGCUCGAGCUGCCCGGCCAGUUCCCCUUUACGGACGAAGAGGUGGCCUAUAUCGUGAAGACGGGCUAUGGCACACAAGAACGAGUUCCAGCCUUGCUCGAGGCCUCAGGAGCCCUGAAAGCUGGGAGCGAGUACGGAGACAACAUACUGGUCGUGGGGGAUUUCGCGACGACACUCCAAUUGAAAGGGAGGACCGUUCUUGUACAUGAUGUGGUCGCCGCGGCGAUUGAGCAUGAGGCUGUCGUCAAGACCCAGCUACAGGGCACAGAGCGGAUACAAAAAUAUCGGGAUAUGACUUCGGCGAUACAACAAGGCCGGAAGGAAGAUGCGGAACAGUCAUCUAAGGCCGUGGGAUGGGAGUUGGAUGCUCUCAAGUUCAUACCCAGCCUUGAGUUGGCAUGGAAAAGCAUGCCCGGAAAGAAGUGGUAUAUCAUGCAGGACGAUGAUACCUUCAUUAUACGGCCGUCCCUCUAUCGUUUUCUCGAGCACCUCGAUGCGUCGAAUGGGAUGUACCUUGGCAACGCGAUCGGCGAUUACAAGACAAGGUUCGCGCACGGAGGGUCGAGCUUUAUUCUCUCACACGAAACCAUGAGGAUUUUGUUUGACGACAACCCUGAAGUUGUCUCAGAGGCUUACGUCGCGUCCCUCGACGAGACGUGGGGCGACAAAUUGAUUGCGACAACCUUGAACAAGAUCGGGGUCUAUAUAAGCGAGAGGUACGGUCACUUCUUCAACGGCGAGAGGCCGUUGAUCACGAAAGUGUCCGCAGACCGAUUCUGCUCGCCGGUUGUUUCUUUCCAUGGCUUGGCAGAACCGGCACAAAUGAAGGACGUCGGGAAGACUUUCGCCAAGAUAGAGCAGCCGGUUUUUUGGAAGGACCUGUGGGAAAUAUACGGGCAGCCGGAUCUGGAUGUGCUCAACAAGAAUCCCAUCCGGCCUGGUCAAGACCAUGUUGGCAGGCAGGACGAUGUGUCCAUGAUCAGCCGCACUAGCUCGGUCGACAGGUGUCUGGGUGCUUGCGAAAGGCGGCCCAAGAAGUGCCUGGCAUGGUCAUGGGAUAAGAAUACGGAGCUGUGCAUCAUGAGCCCGUGGGUCAUUGUCGGGGAGGAGAAGCCCGAGGAACGGCUUUCAGGGCUCAACGUCGGCCAGGUGAGGAAGCUGGUCAAUCAGUGCGGCAAGUACUGA